UAAUCAAUCGCAUAAUAAAAUCUCCUAAUCCUGUCAACCAAAACAACGCAAAACGAAAAUAAAACCCCCGUGAAAAGUAAACAAGAGAGAAGACGUUUCAGAGAUUAUAGAAUUAGAGGAGAGAGAAAGAGAUGGCGAGAGAUAGCUGCUUGGCUAGAGUUGGCGCUGGUGUUGCCGUCGGCGGUGCUGUCGGAGGCGCCGUCGGUGCUGUUUAUGGAACAUUUGAUGCCGUCCGAAACAAGAUUCCAGGACUACUAAAGAUCAGGCACAUUGGCCAAACAACUGUUGGUAGUGCUGCAAUAUUCGGCCUCUUCCUUGGUUGUGGAAGCUUAAUACAUUGUGGGAAGUCAUAUUGAUCGUCUAUCUAGUAAUCUUCUAGAUUUUGUUCCCAUAUGGAAUUUCCUGUAACUUUCAAGGACAGUGUCAUGACUGAUACUGCACCAAGAAUGUGGUUUUGUUUUGUGACCUAUGGCUACGGUGAUGUCUGUUGAAUCGAUGAAUUAAGUUAAGGGGUAGUACAAAGUUGCGUUCUGAAUAAUGUCAGUUAUAUUCCAAUUUUUACAUUGUGGGAAAAUAUGAGGCAUCUUUUUUCAUGUUA